CGUCCUGACGUCGCCGCCGCGUGCCCGCGCAUGCGCCCGGAUCCCCGGUCAAGAUGGCGGCUGCUCACUUCGGACCGUUCCCGGGGAGACGGCACUAAGCCGCAGCGAACUGACCUGCAAGCCUUCCCGUCCAAGAGGAAUGGAGGGUUUCAAAACUCAGAAGUUUUUCUCUGAUUCCAAUUCUGCCGUGUUCCCGGCCGCAGGAUCCAGCAAGAGAUUUUCCAUUUAGUAAUGAUUACAUUGUUUCAGAAGAUACUCCGAGGGUUGUGUGGACAGACCAGAACCAACAUAUCCAGAUCUGACAGAGUCACUCAGUUCAUCGAGAUCUGACUAUCACUAGUCACUGAGUGUGGAAGAGGACACGCAGUCUGUGAGAGAAGAAUUUAAACAUCAAUGUGAGUGCAAAAGCACCAAGACACCCUCACACAUGUGAGGGAGAGUGUUCCCAGUGAACUGACUGUGGAAAGAGCAUUAACCAGUUACUCAGCCUGAAAAAUAAUUACACCGUCCACAGCGAAGAGAGAGAGAGACCGUCCCAAGUGGUCUGUCUGGGCACAUCCGUUUCCGUCAGUCACUGAACCUGGGAAGACCGAAGGACACUGACACUAUGGAGAAACCAUGGAAAUGUGGGGACUGUGGGAAGGGAUUCCGUUACCCGUCAGGGUUGGAAACUCAUCAACGCAGCCACACUGGGGAGAGGCCGUUCAGCUGCUCAGUGUGUGGGAAGGGAUUCACUCAGUCAUCCAGCCUCUACACACACCAGCAUGUUCACACUGGGGAGAAGCCAUUCACCUGCACAGUGUGUGGCCAGGGAUUUAAUGCUUUAUCAACCCUCCGUACCCAUGAGCAGGUUCACUCUGAUGAGAGACCGUUUCAAUGUUCUGACUGUGAGAAGAGUUUUAAAAGCAGGAAGGAUAUUUUGAUACAUCAGCGCAGUCACACUGGGGAGAGACCAUUCACCUGCAAAGUGUGUGGGAAAGGAUUCACUCAGUCAUCCCACCUCCUGACACACCAAAUUGUUCACUCUGAUGCAAGACCUUUUAAAUGUUCUGAUUGCUUGAAAAGCUUUAAAAGUAAAAAGGAUUUGCUGAAUCACCAACGCGCUCUGACUGGGGAGAAACCGUUCAUCUGCUCCGUGUGUGGGAAGGGAUUCACUAGUUCAUCCUACCUCCUGACACACCAACUUGUUCACACUGACGAGAGACCUUUUGGAUGUCCUGACUGUGAGAAGAAAUUUAAAAGCAGGAAGCAUCUUCUUAAACACCAGUACACUCACAGUGGGGAGAGGCCAUUCUCCUGCUCUGUCUGUGGGAAAGGAUUCACUCGAUUAUCCCACCUGCUGAGACACCAUCGCGUUCACACUGGAGAGAGGCCGUUCUCCUGUGCUGAGUGUAAACAGGAAUUUGUUGAUUUGUCUGACCUUCUGAUCCACCAGCGAGUUCACACUGGGGAGAGACCGUACACCUGCUCCCUGUGUGGCAAGAGAUUCACUCAGUCGUCCCAUCUCACGACACACCAACUGGUUCACACCGAUGAGAGACCCUUUCAAUGUUCUGACUGCGAGAAGAAGUUCAAAAGUAAACAGAAUCUGCUCAAACAUCAGCAAAUCCACACUGGGGAGGGGCCGUUCAUCUGCUCUGUGUGCGGGAAAGGAUUCGCUCAGUCGCACAACCUCCUGAGACACCAGCGACUUCACCUGCGAGCGCAGCAGAAACUGGAUUCUGCUGCUGUUACCUCCAGCCAGCAGUGAACCUCGACUGGCUGCCCAGCUCCACUGUCAAAACGUGUGGUGCUGGAAAAGCACAGCUGGUCAGGCAGUAUCCGGGGAGCAGGGGUGUUGACAUUUCAAGC